GAGAGGGUGUCUUCUCUCAGCGGAGGAGAGCGGACCUCUCCUGCACCUGUCCCCUCAGCGGCGCUGCUAAAGCCGGAAACCGAAAGUUGUAAACCGGAACUCGGCUUCACAAUGAGGUUUGGAGCGCAGGUGCAGCAGCUCCAUCAUCUGUGCUUGCUGCUCACCACACAAGAAUUUCUCCUCGCAUUUGGCGAGCGGGCGAGCGGCUUUUUCAAGCCCUGCUAUAGA